AGAAAGCACUAAAACAGAAAGUACCACCCCUGGUACUACAAUUUCAGAAAGUACAACAAUGGAAACCACAACAACAGAAAGCACCACAACAGACACUACAACAACAGAAAGCACCACCACAGGUACCACAACACCAGAAAGCACAAUAACCGAGACCACAACAACAGAAAGCACCACAUCCGGUACCACAACACCAGAAAGCACCACUACAGGUACCACAACACCGGAAAGCACAACAACCGAGACCACAACACAGACCACAACAACAGAAAGCACCACAACGGGUACCACAACACCAGAAAGCACCACUACAGGUACCACAACACCGGAAAGCACAACAACCGAGACCACAACACAGACCACAACAACAGAAAGCACCACAACGGGUACCACAACACCAGAAAGCACCACUACAGGUACCACAACACCGGAAAGCACAACAACCGAGACCACAACACAGACCACAACAACAGAAAGCACCACAACGGGUACCACAACACCAGAAAGCACCACUACAGGUACCACAACACCGGAAAGCACAACAACCAAGACCACAACAUCAGAAAGCACAACAACGGGUACCACAACUCCAGAAAGCACCACAGUGACAGAGAGUAUAACCACUGGCACAACCACUCCAGAAAGUACAACAAUAGAAACAACAACAACAGAAAGCACUACAACAGAAAGUACCACCACUGGUAUUUCAACUUCAGAAAGUACAACAAUGGAAACCACAACAGACACUACAACAACAGAAAGCACCACCACAGGUACCACAACAACAGAAAGCACCACAACCGGUACCACAACUCCAGAAAGCACCACAAUGACAGAAAGUACAACCACUUCAGAAAGUAUGACAACAGAGACCACAACAACAGAGAGCACUAAAACAGAAAGUACCACCACUGGUAUUACAACUUCAGAAAGCACAACAACCGAGACCACAACAGACACUACAACAACAGAAAGCACCACCACAGGUACCAUAACACUGGAAAGCACUUCCACAAGUACAACAACACCAGAAAGCACAACGGCCGAGACCACAACAGAGACCACAACAACAGAAAGCACUACAACAGAAAGUACCACCCCUGGUAUUACAACUUCAGAAAGUACAACAAUGGACAUCACAACUAUAGAAAGCACCACAACAGACACUACAACAACAGAAAGCACCAUCACAGGUACCACAACACCAGAAAGCACAACAACCGAGACCACAACAACAGAAAGCACCACAACGGGUACUACAACUCCAGAAAGCACCACAGCAACAGAAAGUACAACCACUGGCACAACCACUCCAGAAAGUACAACAAUAGAGACCACAACAAGAGAAAGCACUACAACAGAAAGUACUACCCCUGGUAUCACAACUUCAGAAAGUACAACAAUGGAAACCACAACUACAGAAAGCACCACCACAGGUACCACAACACCAGAAAGCACAACAACCCAAACCACAACAGAGGCCACAACAACAGAAAGCACUUCAGCCGGUACCACAACUCCAGAAAGCACCACAGUGACAGAAAGUACAACCACUGGCACAACCACUCCAGAAAAAAGCACCAUAAUGGAGACAACAACAGAAAGUACAACCACUGGCACCGCAACUUCAGAAAAUACAACAGCAGACACUACAACAACAGGAAGCACCACAACUGAGAUAACAUCAUCGGAAAGCACUACAAUGACAGAAAGCACCCCCACCGGUACCACAACUUCAUAAAGUACAACAACGGAGACCACAACGUCAGAAAGCACCACAACGGAUGGAACAACAGAAA